AACACAAAUCUGGGUUGAGACGUUUCGAGACUUGAUUAAUGCACGCGAUUCAGCGGGAAAGGGAUAAAAAAAAAAAAACAUUAAAGAAAAUGUCACAACUAUAAUACAUUUGGAGACUAAAUUAAAAUCUAAAAAUGGAGGAGAAAACAAUGAUAUUCAAAGAUGUGACUUUUUAUAUCGUCGGAGAUAUACCGCAUGAUGUAAUAAAUCUUUUGAUAUCGGAAGGAGGGAAGCGUGACACGUACCUGAGUGAAAUGGUUAGUCAUGUGAUCGCAGACUCAACAGUACCUGAUGAAUAUUCUGAAGCUAAAGAGAUAUUUGAACGACCUAUUGUUUCGAGUGAUUGGGUACGACUUUCAGUUAUUUGUAAGAAACAGUUACCGAAGGAAAGAUUUGCGUUAGAAGGAUGUUUAUUCUCUGGUGUAGUUGCCUGUCCUUCCAGGUUAGAUAUAACAGAUGCUCGCUCCUUGUGGUCUAUGCUUAUCUACAAUGGAGGACGAUGUCAACUCAAGUUCGAUAAAAAUGUUACACAUUUAAUAGCUAGUGGCACGGAUGGGCUGAAGUAUACUGAAGGUUUGUUCAAAGAGAAAGUGAAGAUUGUUACCCCAGAUUGGGUGUCUGAGUGUAUCAAGAAAGAAGCAAUUCAAGAUGAGACUAUUUACCAUCCUCGGCUAAUAGUGUAUCCAAAACCAGAAACACCUCCACCCAAACCCAAACCACCAAUUGUCAGCAAAAUUCCAGAUCUUGGCGAUCUCUCCAAUCUUAUUGGUCAACAAAUGGCACUUGGUGGUCCAAGCCCUUUUGCAAGGCGGCGUAAAUCAUCCAGUGAUGACUCCCCAAGAAAUGGAAGUCGUCCAGGAACUCCUAGUGCCAAGGAAGCACUGGCCAGAAUGGUCAGCAGCAGAUUACAAGCCAGUGGAAAGUCUUCUGACCCUGCUGACAUAUCUGCAACUCUAGCUUCCAUGUUUCCUCACGGACAAUAUCCUAUGCCUGGAGUUCCCCAGAGUCCUGGACAUACCAUGCAAUAUGGACAAACACCAAUGCAAGGCAUGCAUUUUGGUAUGGGAAUGAAUCAGGGUCAUUCUCCAACAAGAGGCCAAUCUCCAAUUCAAGGUCAUCCCUUAGCUCAUGUACCACAUCAAGGUCAAGGACAUCCACAAAAUCAGAUGUUUAUGCAAAAUCAAAUGCCACAUAUGGGUCAGGGUCAAAUGCCACCUCAAAGUCCAGGACAUAUGCAGCCUGGUCAAGGUCAAGGUCUAAUGCAGAUGCAGCCACAAGGUCAAGGCCAGAUGCCAUGCCAAAACCAAGCGCAACAAAUGCAGAAUUUCCAAGGACAGAUUCCUCUCCAUCACCAAGGUCCUCCUCCACAACAAAUGACCCAAGGUCAAAUGAGGUAUCCAGGUCAAGGACAGAUACCUCGAAGUCAAGGUCAGCUUCCAAAUAUAAUGCAGAGUCAAAUGUCAUCACCUCCAGGGCAGAUGCGGCCUCAAAUGCAGGGUCAGUUUCCUGUACAAGGUCAUCGUAUGCCUCAAGGACAUCCGCAAAGGCCACCUCAUCCUCAAAUGCAGGCACAUCACCAAUUUCAAGGUCCUCAAAAUGCCAAUAUUUCACCUUCAAAAGGACAAACACAGGGUCACAUGCAAAGUCAAGUUUCAAUGCAGGGUCAGAUGCCACCAAUGUCUUUACCAGGGUUACCAAAUUCUGGUAUGAUGCAACAACUGCAACAAGAAGCUUUACAACAGAAGCGAACUUUACGUAAUAUUACUAAUAAUGCCGACAUGACUAAAUCGAAGAUAAGUCAGAUGUUAGAGAUGAAUCGGCCUCCACCACCAAUGUAUCCUGGUCGAACUGCUCAACCUGUAUCUGGACCACGCCCACCUACUCCAGCAGUACCUAUAUACUAUGGUCACGAUACUACUGAAAAUGUACCACCAGAUAUGUGUUUACUGGAUUCCUCCAACAGCUAA